UUCCCUUCCGGCCCUGCCCCCGCACGGGCUCGGGUGGGCUGCGGGGCCCGGCGGGAGGAAGCCGGGGCCGAGGUCGCGGGCGCUGCCUGCCCGGCGGGACUCGAGCUUCCCAACCCCGCCAACGCGCUCGGACUGCGAGACAGCGCGUGCGCCCCAGAGGUUCCGUCACAGCCGCCCUGAGGAGAGAGCGCGGAGGAGUCCCAGGAGGACCCCGCAGCCGCCACCCAGGACACCCCGGCUCCUGCAGCUCAGGACCCGCGGCUGACCCCCGGCACCUUUGCAGCCUGGUCUCCUAGCAACGCCCAACAUGGCCGCUCCGCGAGGGCUCCUGGGGAAUGUAGUCUUUUGCAUCCAGCUAAGUCGCGCUGAACUACACUUCCCUGGGUGCUCUGCGCGUGCUUCUCGCGUCCUGGCGAGACUCUUGGCCGGAACCCACCUGAUGGGUUGGGCUCUCGCGUGUCCUGCUGGGACUUGUAGUUUCUUGCUGGAAGACUCGCUCCCUGGCACCCAGGCUGGGGCAGAGGCGAGACUACAAGUCCCAGGGGGCGCGGCGUGGUCACCAGAAGGGCGGGGGGUACGAACCAGGACCCCGAAGGGCUGCGAGGCCCAGCAGCCCGAGUGUUGUGUGGACGUGGUGGACGUGAACACCAGCUGCCCAGGCACGAGCCUCUGUGGCCCAGGCUGCUACCAGCGCUGGAAUGCCGACGGCAGUGCCAGCUGCAUCCGCUGCAGGAACGCCACUGUGCCGGCCCCCGGUGGCUCCGCGUGCAGAGGCUGGGGCCCCCCCGUGGCUGCCUCCCUCUUCCUGGGGACAUUCUUUGUCAGCUCGGGCCUCAUCCUCUCCGUGGCCGGCUUCUUCUACCUCAAGCGCUCCAGUAAGCUCCCCCGGAUCUUCCUCCGAGGAGACAAAGCAGCCCCAGCCCUGCAGCCUGGCGAAGCUGCCGCCAUGAUCCCCACACCACUGUCCUCAGUGCGGAAGCCACGCUACAUCAGGCGGGAGCGGCCCCUGGCCAGGACCACGGACCCUGCUGCCUUCUCGGUGGAGGCCCGCGUCAGCAACGUGUGACCUGGAGCCAUCUGAGACAAGCCCAGCACUGGCGUCCAUGUGCCUCCUGCUGACA